AUGCUGGCCAAAGAUGAUGUGGAUGAGGCAGGUGGCCAAGCCAAGACUGCGGCGCGGGAAGCGCGCGACAUCUUCCAGGAUCUGGAAGAUCCCUACGGCGAGGCUCGGGCACUCAACUUGAUUUUGAGCGCCAACAUGCUCCAUGAGGCCGAUGCGGUGGAUGCCCUCUUUGCGGCGAAGGACGUGCUGUGGCUCUUCCGGGGGAACGACAUUCUGCCGGAGGAGGAGGACAAAAAGGCUAUUGCAGAUGCUCUUCAUUGUCAAGCCAAGGUCCACUUCUCCAUCGGCGAGUUGGCCGAUGCGAGGGAAGUGGCCGAGGAAUCCUUGAAGUACUAUGCGCAGGCGCAGCGCUCGCUGGAGGAGGCGGCUUAUGGUCAGGGCUACGCGCUGCAAACCUUAGCACAUAUCCUGUGCGCAGAGCUCUCCCCUGAUGAGGGCUUGCCCCACAGCGAACGCGCGGUGGAGCUCUUCGCCACCGCGCAAGACCAGCGCGGGGAGGCGAUGGCCAAAGCGAUCCUGGCGUACCAGGACACCAUGUCGCGCAUGAAGCAGCUGGAAGAUACCCCACAGGCGUUCACUGAGCAAUCGAACGCUCGCGUGACGCAGAACUGGACCGUCAUUGAUGACGCCAUGGUGAUGAUGCGCGAGAUCCGGAACCAAGAAGGUGAAGACACCAUUGGCUCCUUGAUCUACGAGAUGAAUCAGAAAGUCGGGGAGAUCCAGAAGAAGAUGUCCACGCCCACGAAGACGGUGUGGACCGUGGACCGCGUCACCCGCAAGGCGAAGCAAAAGGACAGCGCAGUGCGCAGCGCACGGCGAGAAGCACCGCACGGAGAGGGAGGAGGGAGUUGUGCACCACCCGUGCACGGCUCAAAAGGUGGACAAGCAUUGGUGAAGGUAGACACACACACAGAUAUAUAUAUAUAUAUUCACAUAGAUGUACAUGCACAUACAUAUUAUACAAAUAUGCACGUACAUCUAUGCCAAUGGUUGUUUUCCAAGCAAGACUGCUUGUCAUCUGCAUAUUAUCUCUGUUGGGACCCACCUUCGCCAGUCUGGCCCGCGCCAGUCUUUCACUUGCUCGACUGUUCACCGGAGUCGUGA